CUGUCACCGCCCCCAGGCCCCGCCGCCGUCCCAAGAUGGCGGCGCCCGCGGCCGCCUUGGCGCUGAGGGCAGCGCCCCGUGGCAUCCCCAUCCUUGGCCACAUCCCCGUCCUCACUGCCACCUGCCACCUCCACACCACCCCUGCCUGCCUCAAGACGCGGGCGGCGCGGGUGCGCGUGGGGAAAGGGGACAAGCCCAUCACCUACGAGAAGGCACACCCACCCCACUACAUCGCCCACCGCAAGGGCUGGCUGUCCUCGCACACCGGAAACCUGGAUGGGGAGUUCGGGGCGGCGGAGAGGACGGUGGAGGACGUCUUCUUGCGCAAAUUCUUCCACGGCACCUUCCCCGGGUGCUUGGCCGACGAGGUGGUGCUGAAGCGGCGCGCCAACACCCUGGUGGGCUGCCUGCUGCUGCUGCCCCACCUGGCCCCCGCUAAGCUCUGCUUCCUGGUGGGCUACGCCGAGACCCUCCUCUCGCACCUCUACAAGUGCCCCGUCCGCCUCGAGGUGCAGACGGUGCCCGCCAAGGUGGUCUACAAGUGGCUGUAGGGCCCGCCGGGGGGCUCGGAGUGGGUUUGGGGGCGGUGAGGAGCAAUAAAACGAGGCUUCGUGCCCC